AUGGCGGAGAAACCGAGCUUCGAGGUUCGGAGCAGCGAGUUCCACAACAUGGAGCCCAGAACUCGAGAAGAUCGCUUGGCAGCUCGUGCGCGGGAGAAGCUGGAGCAGAGCAUGCUGCGGGCCCGUCGCGGGUGCUUCCACAAAUAUGAGGACCCCGGAAACCCCGUGGUUCCCGAGCCAACUAGCCCCAUGUAUUCUACAGAGACUGAAAGGUUCAAGCGGGACGUCGCAGGGGAGAUGCAUCAGCACAAGGUGGACGCGUUGAUGCGACAGCAGGAAGUAUACGACCGAAAGCGAGUGGAACAGAUGGAGAAAGAGCAGCAGCGGUGGGAUCGGAUGGCGGCACAGGCGGCAGAGGAAGCGGCGCGGAUGGAGGCGGUGCGUGCUUCGGGCCUGCGCGGGAAGCAGAACCAUGGGAGCGAGCACUUCAACAUAAUCACACUGAGCUACCACGAGACGCCUCAAGGCCAGACACUGCAGUACAAGGACGAGGUGACUCGCUACCGCGCGGUGCUGCGCUCCCAGAACCUGUUCAACAAGAACCACUCGGUGACGCACAACAUCAUUACCGGGGAGGCGCGCCCCAACCCAGUCCCAGUGCCGCCUGCCCCGUCACCGCCGCAAUAG